UCAGUCCCCAGUGCAGCGCCCCAGCUCUCCCUGUCCAGCCCCAACCCCUCGGACGUCAGGGUGGUGUGGCUGCCCCUGCCUCCCAGCCUGAGCAAUGGGCAGGUGGUGAAGUACAAGAUAGAGUACGGUUUGGGAAAGGAAGAUCAGAUUUUCUCCACUGAGGUGCCAGGGAACGAGACACAGUUUACACUGAACUCGCUUCAGCCCAACAAGGUGUAUCGAGUGCGGAUUUCAGCCGGCACAGGGACCGGCUACGGGGCCCCCUCCCAGUGGAUGCAGCACAGGACGCCCAGUGUGCACAACCAGAGCCACGACCCAGCCGCCUCCUCCAUCAGAGACGUUCCAUGGCUCCCUCUGCUCGACGGGCAAGGGAGGAUGGGUGAAGAGGCGAAGGGCUGGCCUUUGCAGACACCCCUGAGCUCGUGUUUCCUUUCCAUCUGCUGUGUGACUUUGGACAGACCAUUCACAACUCUAAGACUUCAUUUACUGCCAGUCCCUUUUGCCCCUGCAGAGCUGAAGGUACGGGCAAGGAUGGAGUCCCUGGUCGUAUCAUGGCAGCCACCCCCUCACCCCGCUCAGAUCUCUGGCUACAAACUGUACUGGCGAGAGGUGGGGACAGAGGAGGAGGAGGCAGAUGGCGAGGGCCCUCCAGGGGGCCGUGGAGACCAGGCUUGGGAUGUGGGGCCUGUCCGGCUCAAGAAGAAAGUGAAGCAGUAUGAGCUGACCCAGCUAGUCCCUGGCCAGCUGUACGAGGUGAAGCUUGUGGCAUUCAACAAACACGAGGAUGGCUAUGCGGCAGUGUGGAAGGGCAAGACGGAGAAGGCUCCCACCCCAGACCUGCCCAUCCAGAGAGGGCCACCCCUGCCCCCCGCCCAUGUCCAUGCGGAAUCAAACAGCUCCACAUCCAUUUGGCUUCGGUGGAAAAAACCAGACUUCACCACAGUCAAGAUUGUCAACUACACGGUGCGCUUCAGCCCCUGGGGGCUCAGGAAUGCCUCCCUGGUCACCUAUUACACCAGCUCUGGAGAAGACAUCCUCAUUGGCGGGCUGAAGCCAUUCACCAAGUACGAGUUUGCGGUACAGUCCCACGGCGUGGACAUGGACGGGCCUUUCGGCUCCGUAGUGGAGCGCUCCACCCUGCCUGACCGGCCCUCCACGCCCCCAUCCGACCUGCGCCUGAGGCCCCUGACGCCGUCCACCGUUCGGCUGCACUGGUGCCCCCCCUCGGAGCCCAACGGCGAGAUCGUGGAGUAUCUGAUUCUCUACAGCAGCAACCGUACCCAGCCUGAGCACCAGUGGACCCUGCUCACCACCGAGGGAAACAUCUUCAGUGCUGAGGUCCACGGCCUCGAGAGCGACACUAGGUACUUCUUCAAGAUGGGGGCGCGCACGGAGGUGGGGCCUGGGCCCUUCUCUGGCCUGCAGGAUGUGAUUACUCUCCAGGAAAAGCUCUCAGACUCUUUGGACGUGCACUCCGUCACGGGCAUCAUCGUGGGCGUCUGCCUGGGCCUCCUCUGCCUCCUGGCCUGCAUGUGCGCUGGCCUGCGCCGUGGCCCCCACCGGGAAGCCCUCCCGGGCCUGUCCUCCACGGCCACUGCUGGGAACCCCACGCUGUACUCCCGAGCCCGCCUUGCCCCCCCCAGCCCCCCGGCUGCCCAUGAACUGGAGUCCCUUGUGCACCCCCGUCCCCAGGAUUGGUCCCCACCGCCCUCAGACAUCGAGGACAGGGCUGAAGUGCACAGCCUUAUGGGUGGUGGCGGUCCUGACUGCCGGGGUCACUCCAAGAGAAAGAUCUCCUGGGCUCAGCACGGUGGGCUGAGCUGGGCAGGUUCCUGGGCGGGCUGUGAGCUGCCCCAGGCAGGCCCCAUGCCCUCUCUGACCCGGGCCCUGCUGCCCCCUGCCGGAACCGGGCAGACGCUGUUGCUGCAGGCUCUGGUGUAUGACGCCAUAAAGGGCAAUGGGAGGAAGAAGCCGCCCCCAGCCUGCAGGAACCAGGUGGAGGCCGAAGUCAUCGUCCACUCUGACUUUAGCGCAUCCCAAGGGAACCCCGACCUCCACCUCCAAGACCUGGAACCUGAGGACCCGCUGCCUUCAGAGGCUGCUGACCUCACUCUGGGUGUUAUGGAUCUCAGGGACAAGCUUGACUUCUGUUUCCUGUGGAGAGAAAACAAGGUCAUUUAUUUGAUUUUGCACCUCAGCCUCUCAUAGGAGCAUCGAGUAUGCGGUCUUUUCUCCCUGCAUUCAUCUUUUCUAACUGAGCAGCACAUCAAGGGUUAACUCUGGCUUCUGGGCCAAAUUAGAAAUAACCAGUCUAUCUUUCCUUUUUUUUUUAAAUGGUGAAAUGUCUCUCAGCGGAGUUGCAGCUUUCUCAGACCCUUUCAGCAUCUGUGUUUAUUACACUCGGGUGUCACUCACGUUUGACAUCCGCACCUACAUUUCCUCCUCCUCCCCCUCCUUCAGGCAGCCUAUGAUAACACUAAAGAUUAUUAAUGUUGGUUUUGUAUCUCAUUAGGACAGAAUUGUCACUUGUACUAUUUCUGUAGCGUGCAGCGUUGCUGUGGCUAACACUACUGUAUAUGUUUCAUCACUGCUCUGAAGGUCAAAAGCCUCAUUUUAUUUCGCUGGUUUGAUUUUUUUAUUUUCUAAAGGAACAAAAACUGCCCUGAAUUAAAUGGCUGUUUUAACAGUAGGCUCUUAGCAUUACACCACAUAGUCAUUUUUCAUGUUCUUGUUUAACAGGCAGUGAGGUUCUGGUUUAAAUUAAAUAGCUGCAAAUGAGACAAUUUAUAACCCAUUAGGUUGGGUGGAAAAUUGUUUCUCAAAAGCAAAUAAGUAAUAAAUCUGGUAUCUGCCUAUAACUCACAGUUGAUAAGAAAGUGGCCAUUACUCACUAGCAUUAUAUAUGAUUUGGGCUCUGGGUAAUUUGGAAGUGUUAGGUUUGUGUCUUUGCAACAGUAUUUUUAUUAGAAAAGAGUCCAUUGGCCUUUUACAGGGUAUUAAUCCCUUUGUCAUCUACCAUCGAUGCCUUAUGGUUUUCGAGUCUCAUUUAAAAACCUUUUCUUGAUGCAUGACAAGUGUAAUCGGUACCUGCUCAUUUAUUUGUCUGUAGUUUUGCUGUAUUAUUUAAUUAUUUUUCCAGUGUUUUUUUUCUCCUUACAAGUAUGAUAUUCUUUAGUGUUAAGCCAAGGCAUUGAUCAUGUAUCUGUCCCUAUAAUGAGUUAAUAAACUAU